AUGACCCAGACCACAGACAUGAAGAACCAGGAGGCAGACCUCAUGAACCUGCUGCUUAGCAAUACAGACGAAAACCUGGGUGGCCACAGCAACCAACCAUGGACAAUUGCGGUCCACGAGCACCUGCACCCUGGCGAUGACCUCCUGGAGUCCCUUCUGGGUGGCUGCGGCAGCAGUGAGGGUGUGUCCUCGGCCCCCGCCUCCCCGCUGUGGUCCCCCUCCGCCAGCGACAGCGGCGUCAGCGACAGCCACCCGUGGGACCUGCUGGACAGCCCCCGCCACCACACCAGCCUGCCCAGCUUCAGCGGCUCUUACCAGGCCGGGCCGCCCCCCCACCAGGCCCCCCCCAUGGCUGACCUCCCCCCCAGCUUGUGCGCGGGGACAUGGGGGGCCCCAGAUGUCUCUAUUGAUCUAGGCUGCAUGGAACCAGAGGUCAUCAGAGAAAAUCUGGGGAUCGCCUACUAUCUCACUGCUCCUCCCACCUCAAUGCAUCCCACUAACCAAACGCCUACGGUCAAAGACCUGCUGUUGACUAACCUCGGACAGAAGUCUCAGCCAAACUGCCAGCAUUCCUUGCAGGGGUUAGUUCUUGAUGAGGAUGAGAAGAAGCUCCUGGCUAAAGAGGGAGUAAACCUUUCCAACAAGCUCCCCCUGUCUAAGCAUGAGGAGAGGGUCUUAAAGAAGAUCCGGCGGAAGAUCCGGAACAAGCGCUCGGCUCAGGAGAGUCGGCAGAAGAAGAGGGAAUACAUCGACAGCCUGGAGGGAAGGAUGUCGGCCUGCAGUGAAUACAACUUGGAUCUUCAGAGGAAGGUCCAUCAGCUGGAGCAUAGCAACAACUCACUGCUGGAGGAGCUGAGCAGACUCCAGGACCUGGUAGGAACCAGUCCUAGAAGUGGUCCUCCGACGGGCACCUGCCUUCUGGUGCUGCUCCUCUCCUUCUCCCUCAUCCUGUCUGUGAGUCUGCAGCCCAACAGCUCCAGCCAACGCAGAGUCUACACAGACGCCAAAGUGCCCUCUCGCAGCCUGCUCUCGGUGGCCGGCCCAGUGGAUAGCCCUCUGUCCACGGGGGUGGGGGCUUCAGCCAGCCUGAUGGAGAAGCUGUGGGGGCGGACGGACAUCUUGACAAGCCAUGAUCAGGAACACAACCACAAAGCUGGCCCCUGA